GAUUGGCUCCGCGCCGUGAUUGACGGGCCGGCAGCCAGUCGCCGUGCUGCGGGGGGCGGGGCUCCAGCGGCUCAUUAGCAUACAAGUUGUUUGGACACAUGCAGACGUCCCCGUGAUGCUGGAAGUUGGUGAAAAGUGACUCAAGUCAGCAGCUGACAGCACAAACCGUGUCCCAGGCUCAGGUGGAGCGCUGCUCACGCACUCAGACUCGCGUUUCUCGACAACAGCAGGUAGUUUCAGAAGCUCUUCAUCAUGUCUACAGCUAACCAGGUGUUUUUCGGAGAUAAGAGCGAUGUUCCUGAUCUCCUCAAGUCCCUGGCUGACUAUCCGUUCUCCUUCCCUGCCUUCGAUGACACCGAAAUAGAGAAGGAGAAGCUGUGCUCCUCUGAUGAUGUGGAAGGAGGUGGGGCUGUGGCAGCCAGUGCUGGAGGAGCUUCCAGAGGAGGCGGCGGUGGCGGCAGCGGCGGUAGCGGAGGUGUGUCAGCCUCCCUGACCCCGGCCAUUUGGGACAAGACCAUUCCCUACGAUGGGGAGACCUUCCACUUGGAGUACAUGGACCUGGAUGAGUUCCUCCUCGAGAACGGGAUCCCUGUGAGCCUGGAGGAGGAGGAGCUGCAGAAGACUCUGACCUCAGUGGAAGGCAAAGGCAAAGCCGUUCCCAAGGUUAUCGCUGCAGCCACUGCUACUACCACCACCACUACUCCUGCUCCAGAUGCUCCAGAUGCCGCCGAGGCAGCCGCCGUCUCCGCCACGGCAUCUUCCCCCUCCGCCUGCACGGCCGCCUCAGAUCCAGAGGAGACCGUGACAGUCACCACAUUACAACCAGCCAAGCUAGAAGAAGAGGAGGAGGAGGAGGAGGAGGAGGAAGACGAGGAAGAAGAAGACAAUGAGGAAGAGGAAGGACAGGAAGAGGAAUCUGUGGCUGAGGAGGCAGAAGUGGAAGUAAAGAAAACAGAUCGCAACGCCGCCGAGCGUAACACGCCUUCCCCCAUCGACCCAGAAGCCAUCGAGGUGGACAUCAACUUCCAGCCGGACCCCACCGACCUGGUCCUGUCCAGUGUGCCGGGCGGAGAGCUGUUCAACCCUCGCAAGCACAAGUUCUCCGACGAGGAGCUGAAGCCGCAGCCGAUGAUCAAGAAGGCCAAGAAGGUGUUCGUCCCCGACGAGCAGAAGGAUGAGAAGUACUGGUCCAGGAGAAAGAAGAACAACCUGGCGGCAAAGCGCUCGCGCGACGCCCGGCGGCUGAAGGAGAACCAGAUCACGGUGCGCGCCUCCUUCCUGGAGCGGGAAAACGCCGCGCUGAGGCAGCAAGUGGCCGAGCUGCGGAAGGACUGCGGCCGCUGCAAGAACGUCCUGGCCCGCUACGAGGCUAAGUAUGGCCCACUGUAAAAAACACAACAACGACAAAACACAAAAGAACUACGAUUUAAAUCCAAGAAGUAUCAAUGAGACAAAAGCAGAACUCCCUUCCCCACAGAAUUCAACACAGACACAAACACCAAGGGAAUCUAAAUUUGCACUGUUGUCGCCGCUGACCUCCAGUCACUGCGUCGGGCUCCAGUCGUAGUUUCUAACAUGAUGCUGGAGUUUCGGAUGCACACUGGCAGGCAGUGAGACGUGACGGGAGCGGUGGUCACAGGAAGGCCUGUGGAGAGCGCCUGGCUCCUACACUCUGAGAGGAAGUGGACUGUUGCGGAUGCUGCCGCGAUCAAACGUGGCCUAUCUCAAGGGAGGUUCAGGAAAGUCAUGGAAAGAGCAGGCUGGUACAAAAGAAUCACAGGCUAUCGAAUACUACACACAUCAGUUUUUAUCACUGCACAACACUCCGUGGACCAAAGCAUGAGUAGCGUCAGUCAGAAGUUGUGUAUUUAGAGCGGUGCACACUCGCCGUCCCUCACUUUUCCUUGUGUUGCACUUAACCUUAAAGUGUGGUUGAGUCUCAGAAGAAGGAUGUUCGCGGUGAGACGUUUAGAUCAGCUCACGGCAGCGUAGGAGAGGAACACAUAGACACAGGAGCAGAGGAGCAGGAGGCAGACUGACUUCCAGUCUGAAGGGAGAGUUAGACCUCAGGUCGGCACAGGAGGCGAGGAGGAGAGUCCGUCAGUGGUGCGGUUCGGUUCAGUCACAGUUCUUCCUUCUUGUAACCCACAUGCACGCCUCUGCGCACACAAAACGCUGUUUAUAACAACUGUCUGUGUAUAUAUAGUCAUCUCCUUGUACCAUUUAGUUCUGUGUGUUUUUAUUGUGUGUAAUCCAUUUUUGCACUUUUUCUUAAAAAAAACAAAAAAACAAACCAGAACACACACAGUGUGUAGAGGUUCUACUGGUGGUAGCUGUCUACCGUAUUGACCAGAACCACGGUGGGACACGCAGUAGCUUACUAGAGAAGAAACUAGCAUGACCUACAGUGUAAAGCAGCUGUGAUUUAGUUUCCUUUUCUACUAAUCUCAGAUCAGCUUCCAGAGCCUCACACAAGAUUUGUAUGAUUUUAUAAAUGGAGAAGGAGUAGCAGCUUUUAUCUGUCGAAGGCAUAAGUGUGACGAUCUGCAGGGCCCUCACCGGUGGAGGGGUACGUUCAUAUGUAGGGAGGUUUAUUUUACUGCACACUGCAAGUAGAGGGCGCUUCAGUCACUGCCGGCCUGCUAACGGUGUCCUGACGACUGGAUGGAUUUUCUUUUUUUGAAAAAGAUUUAGCCAGGCCCGAAGUUGACUGCUUCUAAACCUUGUAAAUAAAUGAUUGUCUCAUGUUCUUUAUUUCCUAAGACAGGGACUCUGACUGUGUCUUUAUUAACCCAACACUAUUCCUUAUAUUUGCCAAAUAGUCAAUGAGUGCUGUAUUUAUUCUGAUGGUAAUAAUGCAUCUGUUGAUUGUGAUGUACAACAAUAUGUCAUAAGAUUCUAUUUCUGUUGAGGAACAACACGUAUAUAAUGAUGCCAAUGACUAAGCAGGGACUUCAAUGGGUAAACUGUGCUUUUGGAUGUUUGUUUUUAAAACAGAUUUAUAUCGUUCUAUGGGAUUUUUUUCUCUAUAUAGAUACAUAUGUGUCUGAACACACAGAGGACAGGGCGCCCUCUUAUUUACCUCAUCCAACACUUCCUAUUUUGAAUGGUAAAAGGUUUCGUAGGGCUUCAGCGUCGUGUUGGUCACAGCAGAGAGCACAUUAACAGCAGCUUGGUUCCAUUUGGCAAAAUCCAAGUUGACAAAUUGAGUUCUUUUUGCCAAGGUGGCUGAGUCUGUAUCGACAUUAGUAAAUACAUUACAGACUGUUAUGGGACUCUAUAUCUCAAGUGUCUUUCUCGGAUGCAGAUUUUAGUGAUCGGCCGGCUCGUGCUCGUAAUCACGGUGAUCUAGGAAAGAAAAUAAAUGUGGCAAUAAUACUCUGUUAUGUAAUGCUUGUUUAAUUUCAGUAAUGUUGUUGUAUGUAAAAUUGCUAUGAUGUACUAAAUAGAAAUGCCCCAAAGUCAUUUGUGCUUCCAGUUUCGAUCCUGUGUAGUCUAGGAUCCUAAUGCAUGAAACCCUGUAAACCUGUCUUUUUUUUUUUUGUCUUUUUUUCUCGUAAAUUUUACACCAAGUGUACUUAUGUCUGUAAACCAUCACUGAAAACUGGAUCUGUUUCUGGAUGGGGAGGCUGAUGGCGUAUCGUACGGUUCUGUCAAACAGGAGAAGCAGAGCGUCUUUGUUCUGCGCUUGUCGCUGGCCUAACAGCACCACCUAUCCUUGUGCAGUCAGUGCUCGACCUUGUGACGAACGUCAGCUGAAAACAGCAUCUUUUGAUCACUGUGUGGAUUGUUUUCUAUUUACUAAAGAAUGAUCUAUAGCUAGAUACACUGGAUCAGCUGGUGCUUCUGUGUUUUCUUGAUUCUGUGUUUGAGUUUCCUGAUGGUGUAGUUCAACAGACAUUUCUUAGCCUCCUGUUUUGUUUUUGCAUCGACAUUCAGACUUGAUUGCAUUACGCUGUUAGACACCAGUGUAGUUAACGAAUGCAAUUUUAUUUUAUUUUUUUAACUAAAUCAAAAAAAAAUAUUCUGCUUAAGGCUAACUGAAGGUACCGGCGAAGAGAGCCUUUAAAAAAAAAAAAGACAAUAAAUCAAGACAGUACCGCAUAUGGUAUGUAGCAGUCUCUCUUUUUCUGAUGCGAAGCGCCGUAUAGAACUGGCUCGUAAUUCACAGACUAACAUCGAACAGGUUGCAGGUUCUGCACAAGGCAACCUGCAAUCUGAAAGGACAUCAGCAGUGGUUUAGAGGGAAUGUAGGCGUGUCUGUCUUUACACUUAUAAAGAUGGCUGCUGCACUGUUCUGGCCACACGAACCCUAAAAAAUAAUUGAACACGAUUGUUUCGAUAAAUCAAGAUGAGUCUGGCAUUUCCUCUGUAAAUUUAACUGACCUGUCCAGGAUGAGAUGUUUGAUCAGUAAAUAACUAAUAGGUGUGGACAAGCAGCAGUCGUAACCUUCUACCUGCAGGUGGCGCAAUUUAAAAACAAAGCGUUAUUGUUUUCUUUAUCUGUAGAUGGCGCCAAGUAGCACGUCUACACCUGAAGGUGUAAGCUGCUGUUUUCUGGUCUUAACCGUUGGCACUGGCUUCAGGUACUUCGCAUCAAUGACACUAUGUCCUUGUUUACUAUUUGAAGUAGCUUCAAUACUCCUGGAGGAAAAAGGAAAAAAAAAAAAAACCUAUUGAAAAAACAUUUUUAAAGUUUUGUUGUUUUUUUGUGGUGUUUUGCUUUCUGUUCUCUUUUUAUAUACAGAUGGUUUUUGUUAGGUGUUUUUUUGUAUCGUCCUAACCAUGUAUCGGAUACAUGCAACCGCAGUACCAUGUCCUAACUGUAUCUUGUAUCAUGCAUAUGAAAUAAAUUGGAAUUUAAUGACA